AUGAGCUCUUCGAUAGAAACGGAGAUAUUAAACAAGUACAAUCUAACAACCUUAUACCCCGCGGCAUGGCCAGAGGAAAAGGACGCUGCCGAUGAAGACGAGGAGUUCGAGCAACCAGCUCCCAAGGCAACGCAAAAGCCAAUUCGCCGGUCGCAGUCACGAUAUUCAGUAUUGGAACCCGGUCGCCGACUCUCGCGGCAUAUUCCGGGAGCAGAAAGGUCCAAGGAUGGCGUGGAGACGCUCGUGCAGAAAGACGAACAAGACCCGCUGGGCAUGUACCCCAGUGUAGUGCAGGUGCUGCGGGCGAAGAAUGUGCAAGUCGAGGACGACAUCAAGCUGCGCAACCGCUUCCUCCUGAGCUCCACUACCUUCUCACCCUCCCUCUUCCUGUCCCAAGUCCACAAUGAAGCCUCGACAGACGCCCUUCUCUCCGGCCUUGACUUCCUCUCUCGCUCCAUCGAGAAGAAGUCGGCCUCGCUCAAGGUCCUUGUCGAGUCCAACUUCGAUCGUUUCGUCGGCGCAAAGGCGACCAUCGACCGCGUGUACAAUGAGAUGCGUGCGCAAGGAAAAGAAAGUCUGGAGCCGCCCCGUGCGAUGCCGAAUAAUAGGGCGAGGAGCCGCUCGAGCUUCUCGGGCCGAAAGUCGAGCGCAAACCUCUCCGCAGGCAUAGUUGAGGCAGUGCCUCCAGAAAAGAAGAAGAACGCCCUGGUCAAGGAGAGCGAAUAUGGUGUGCAUGGCAUCAAGGUCCCGCUGACCGAAGUCGCUGUCAAGGCAGAGGAGGUGUGGGGCCCUGCGCUUAAUGGGCGAGAAAGGGAAGAGACGCUCAAGUCUAUCCUGGAAUCAGUGGAACACCAUCGCGGCAUGUUUGAGGUUGGAUCUGCAAUCCAGGAGGCGAUACGACACAAGGAUCACGAGACCAUCACAGAGGAGUAUAAGCGUGCGCGCAAAUAUGCAGACGAGGCCCGAUACAUAGUGGAGCAGGCAACUUCUGCUCAGACAUCACUUACCGACACCGAGGUACAUCAGGUCAUUGUGACAGCAAGAAUGUGGUCGGAUGUUGAGCGGCAGGUUGAACUGUUCAAGCGUGACGCAUGGAAGCGCCUCACAGCGACACACUUCACACAGCUCCAGACUGGAAGCGAGGAAUCAAAGUCGGACGAGUACCUCAGCCUUAUCUCCAUCUUGCUCGAACUGGGAGUGGAGGAGAACCCCAUUUGGGCAUGGCUGCUCUCACGCUACGAGCACCUCAAGCUGCACAUCAACACUACCUGCCAGCGUGCAGUCAUUGAGAUUGAAAUCCUUCGCCGGCAUCUGUCCAACGGCGAAAAGCCGAGCCUGCGUUUGUUGCAAAAACACCUGCGCUCGGUCCCGACCAGCGGCAACAUCAGCGCCGAACCCUCCAAGCUGGACACUCCUAAAGUAAUUGAGUUUUGGGAACACGUACAUGCUUUGAUGAACACUCUGCUUUCCACAAAAGGCGGGUUGCUAGCUGAGCUUAUUGAAUACUGGGAGAUUGCCCAGUCUUUCCUCUCGGGUCGCGCACAAAGGAAUCUGCCUACAGGCUAUCAUGGCCAGUCAUCCGUGCACCAUCGGCUCAGUAGUGAAAACAAGGCUGAACUGGAGAGAGGCACUGCUGAGCUCAUCAACAUUCUUCGAGACCACUUGUUUUCCUUCUUUGCAGACCCGCCUAUAGAGGAUGUGUCGCUGCUCUUUUCGCCGCUGCCCCCGACCAGCCCAACACCGACAACCCCCAGAACUCCACUAAGUGCCGCUCUGAGUCCCAUGCCACAAUCGGCAACGAGGUCACGGUUUGAUCCCAGUAAGGUACCGCCACCAUCGCCCCGUCGAGGCGAGACAUGGGAGAAAUACGCUUUCUGGCCUCCUUACUCCAACGCGCUUUCGGGGUCACACUAUCUGUCCAAGACACUUGUUUUGAUCGGCACAGCAGCCAACGAGCUCGCAUCGCUGGAAGUCCCAGAACCUGGGGGCGGUGGCCGCAUCGAUGAAGCACUGCGUAUGCUGGUGGGUGGAGUGCGAGAGCGCUCCGUGCAAGCUGUAUGUGCAGCCUGGAACACCGACGCGGAGAAGCUCAAAGUACUCGAGGACUGGACCCGUAAUGUUGAUCGCAAAGACACUACGAACCUGCCACAACGCUUCCUCGCUGUGCAAAGCUUCCUUUUGAACAACCUGCAGAAGAUCCUAUAUGUCGAGGCAUCAAGCAAGACCAAGAUCGACAUAGUUGUACCACCGAGCAACAAACUGCUGCAGAUGGUCAGAAGCCAGUUUGUCACCAGCUUGUACCGGACGCUGAGCGGUAUGGUUGAAUGUGCUGAGAGAGGCCGAAAGGCACUUGGCGAUGAGUUUGAGGUCAAGAGUGACGACCUCACAAUCGAUGAACAGAACGACCAUGGUGCGAAUGAGUGGGGUAGAGUCGAUGCCAAUAAGAAGUCAAUCCGGCUGCUUCUUACCCUUGCCAACAUGUCUGCCUUUCAAUCGGAGAUUACACCAACACUCCUCAAUCUCUUCGAGACGCUCUUCAGCGUACAACUCACCGAUGAGACAAAUCGCAUCCGCGACGUGCUUUCGCAGCUCGACUCGCAGCUGUUCCGCUCCUACACCAGGCCGCACGCCACAAAGAUCCAUUCCACAAUCGAAUCCGGCAUCUUCUCUCCAGCCUGGGCGCCGCGGCCCGACGCCCCAGACAGGAGCGUCGCAGACCGCGAGCCCAGCCCCUACGUCUUCACCGUCCUGCUGGACCUCGUCAUCGUCCACACAGAAUCCAGCACCACAUCUGCGCCCCUCACCCCGCGCAUUCUGCGCGCCCUCUUCGAAUCCACCACGUCCUCGCUCAUCCAGACGUUCCAGUCCGACAGGCUGCCCACCGUCUCCCUCCCGCAGCUCAUGCAGGCCACGCUCGACGUCGAGUUCAUGGCGCAAACUCUCGCCACGUACACGACGGAGCAGGCGUCCCAGAUCCAGACGGACAUUUACCAGGUCCUGGACCAGAAGACGGAUAACGCGGCUAGAGUGCGGCUGCAAGAUGAACUGGGUAAUUUGAGAGUCGUCCUCAAGAGACUCAGGGAGGGCACAAAGGUCCAGUUUGCGUGCUUUAGACGCGGCAAUGCAAGUAUCCAAGCUGAUUUGAGUUGA